CGCUGUCGCUCUCGCUCACUCGCCCAUCGCUCACUGCUCCUCGCUCCUCGCCCAUCGCCCACUCGCUCUCCCGCAAAAGCAAAAAAGCUGAUAAACGCUGGAAAGGCUGACACAAAACCAAACCGAACUUGGGCCCAAGUGCAGUUUUAUUUAAUCAGUGUGUAAAGACGCGUUGUUUGGUUAACGCCGGCCGACGGCUCUGCGAAAUAACAAAAAUAACACAUAUAUUUUUUUUAAAGUCCUACGCGAGUGAACAAUAAAUAAGCCCCCCUCACCAGCCCCUCUACCACCAACAACCCAUCAAAUUGUGCAUAAAUAGACCUAUUUGAUGGCCUAAACUACAGACCAUAAUGGUUUUGGAGACCUCCGAAGGCGAUAGCAAAAAGUUCUUGACCAAUUGCCGAAAUAACAACAACCAAAGUCCCAAGGAGGCGGAAGAUUCGAGAGGGAGUAGCAACACCGCCGCCCAUCGGAGUUCCAGUCAGCAUCUGCUAGGGGGCGCCAGUUCGGCAUCCGUUUCCGUGUCCGGUUGCGGCAUGCCCUCCGAGGGCCUCCACCCGACGGCCGCCCUCCAGCUGUAUGCCGCCGCCGCCCAACUGGCGCCCGGCGGCGUCCGCGUACCGCCCUGGGGUCCCUUCCUCCAGUUCGGCGUGCCGGGCGUCUUUGGGCCGAACGGACCCUUUUUGGGGCGACCCCGUUUCGAUGCCGCUGCCGCCGCCGCCGCUGGCGGUCAUCCGAAUUCCGCCGCCGCCGCUGCGGCCGCCACACAAAUGGCAGCGGUAAAUGCCAGCAAUGCGUUCGCCAAUCUAACGGGACUGAGUGCGGCGGCACUGCGGAACGUUAGUGCCGCCCAAACGACAGCGGUGGCGGCAGUGGCCAGCACAGUGGCCACCAUCCAGCACCGCCUGAUGAUCGGCAACCGGCAGAGCCUGCCGCCGGCGGGACCGCCCAGCGAAGGAUCCAACGAGGAUGGCGGUUUUCCCGGGGACGGCGACGACGACAGCAGUGCGGCCAAGCGCCGGAGGUCGCGCACCAACUUCAACUCCUGGCAACUGGAGGAGCUGGAGAGGGCCUUCUCCGCCAGCCACUAUCCGGACAUAUUCAUGCGGGAGGCCCUGGCCAUGAGGCUGGACCUCAAGGAGUCGCGAGUUGCGGUAUGGUUCCAGAAUCGACGUGCCAAGGUGCGUAAGCGCGAGCACACGAAGAAGGGUCCUGGCCGCCCCGCCCACAACGCCCAACCGCAGACCUGCAGCGGCGAGCCCAUUCCGCCCAACGAACUCAAGGCCAAAGAGCGGGCCCGUCGCCGAAAGAAACUGGCCAAGGCGAUUGACCGACAGGCCCGGAAACUGCAGGCCAAGGGCAUCACCGUGGACUUGGAGGCCCUGAAGGCCGAGUACAUAUCACAGCACAAGGCGAACGGCACCUUCUCCGACUCGGAUCUCGAGGACGAUGGCAUCCAGAUCGACGUGGUGGGCGGCACGGAUAGCGACGACGAGGGCGACAGCGAUGCGGUCAGUCCGGUCCGCCUGGGUGGCGGGGGCGGCGGAGGUGGUGGUGGCACCGGCGGAGGCGCCUCCUCCCAGCAGAACUCAUCGAUCCACUGCGGCCUGGAUGGCGAUGGGGACAGUUCGCGGGCGGGCAGCUUCAUCGGCGGAGGCGGCAGCCUUGGCAGCCCCAGUUCGGUGGCCCCGCCCUCGAUGCUCUCGAAUGGGGCGGCCGGCGGCGGUGGCUCCAUAUUCGGCAAACUGGAGCCCAUGGACGGCAAUGAGUCCGAGGAGCGGGACAGGGAGAACUCGCCGAAGCCACUGCUCUUCCCCGCCAAGGCCUUCCAUCAACUGAACCUGCAGAGCAGCCAGCAGCACCACGGCCUGGUGGGUCAGGGUCAGGGAUCGGGGUCGGGGCACCAGCACCAGCACAACCACCACCACCAGCACCACCACCUCCAUCAUGGCAGUGCAUCCGCAUCGGCGGCGGCGGCAGUGGCCAGUCUGGUGCACCAGACUUCGCCGAUCAGCAUGCGCCGGAGCAAUCCCUUCAGCAUCGAGUCCCUGCUGUUCAACAACACGUGAGGAAUCCACGCAAGGAUCUCGAUCCAACCGAGCAACCCGGAACUUUUCAACACCCCAAUGAUUUUCGCGUUCCUAGAAUAUUUUGCUCAAUUCUCUACAAGCCCCCUCCUCUCUAAGUUUUACCACAUGUAUCUUCGGUUCAGAGCUUGAAUAUUCCCUAAGUGAUUUAUUUAUUCAAAUGUAUUUUGUAAUGUAUUUUUUUUUUAUUAGACCUUGUUCCCAGAGAGAGACUAAAUUAGUGUUGUAAAUGAAUUAAUUAUUUUUACUUCCUAUAUAUAUAUAUACAUAUAUAAAUACCCUUUUUUUUAGAGUGGCUGAUGCCCAAAGCAAUGCUUGAAACAUGAAUAAUAUAAUUAUGUAAUAGAAGUGUAUUUACUAAGGACAUUUUUUUUCAAACUGAGAGUGCGAAUAAGUGUGUGUGUGUGUGUGGGUGAGUGUGUGUUUGUGUGCGAGAGAGCCUGUGUAAAAAUGUAAUUUAAUUUAGCAAAACAAAAUAAAAAUGAUGAAGGGAAACACAAAGAAUUGCAUAGAAAUCCACAAGUUAAGUAAGCGGAAUUUUUUUUGUGUCGAAAAAAAGCAGGCUAGUAUAUUACAAAUAUGAGAAAAACCCCCACAAUAUUACAUAUAGAAAUGCAAAGAACGGCGAAAUGGCUGCUAAAAAUUAUAUUGUAUCUAAAAACUGAUUGUCAAACAAGAAUAAAAUGCGAAUCUGUAAAGAGAGAAAAACCACAUAAACAACAAGUUACGAUUAUUAUUUCCCCUUUUGAUUUCCACUCGAGCUUAACCACAAUAAAAAUAAAAAACUGCGCAAGGUCCCAAAUCCCAAUCCAGAAAAUUACCCAAUCCCCAAUGAAAAACAACAACCAACCCAAAUCGGGGAGAAUUCAAUAAACGGC